GAGUCAUCCACGGGAUGCUUCUUUUAACGUCCGACAUCCAGAACUCCAAGUAUUUCAUGAGCAAGCAUGAAUCAGCCAUCCAACACCGCGAACUUCUACAGUACAUGCAUGAUUCGCACGUUCACGAAGACAAUAUACUUUGUAUACUCGCUUUUGUCAGCGUAGCAGGGUGGGAAAGGGAAAGGUCGGCUUACAGUACACCAAAAAUCCCAACUUGGAACAGUUGAAGAAAGGGAGAGACAGAAAGAAUAAGAACGGAAGGUCCUCAGGGUUUUGAAAAGUACAGAUGGCGCCCAUCCCUAUAUUCAACACCCCCCGUCAGCAGCGCCAAUAUUCCAUCUUCAACCCGUUCUGUUCAGUCCGUCGCCAGACGUUUUUGCUUCUACUCUCACCGCGACUGCUUCGUUUCGAACGCUUGUGACCUCAGUCGACGACACGAUACACAUCGAGUGCAACGCCAGGCUCGACUUUCUCGACGGCUCAAGUCCCUUAUUGUUCGUUCAUCGCGGCUGGCGCAUGUGGAAGAAAGACGGAGUGCUUGAACGGAAGUAAGGAUCAGCCCCUCACUAGGGCUACCUCGGGGAGAACGCUUUGCAGACUGUUAUGAAGGAUAGUAAAACCGCAUCUUUUUGGCACCGUCGAGAGAAACAGGUGGAAAACAGUGUUGAAAUGCAGUAAUCGAUGAAUAUGGUCACCGUAUCGCGGUCUGCUGUUUAUGACUUCUGCUCUUCGGAUGGCUGGCGCGUUCUCCGUUUUGCAGGUACACGACUUGGGCAUGAGGUAGCUUUGCUCGAGGUUUGGAAUAUACCAAAAAUAUUCUUCCGAUGGUAACCACUUCCGAGGUCUAUCGUUACCUCUGACGGUGGGCAUGACAUCCAAACUUCUGUACGCGUGCCCUGCUAGACCCACAGAGAACCGUUAACGAAACCGGAGGCGGAAGGUUUCGGCGGUAGAUAAAUGGGGCAGCCACACACUUGGGUACCUCAUUAAUCUGGGAACAACGAGUUGUUUAGAUGCUGCGGUAGUCGAUAUUGAUGCAGUACCAACAAUGGAGACCAGAAGCCCUCUAACAUCACACACUCUACUUUUCGCCUCCCGGACGGUUCAGCCUCGCAAUGUAUUUUUCUCAGAACAAUUUAAUGCAGGUUGACCGAACACGCUAGUGCUCUAAACUCUUUCGAAUAUUUUUGUUCAUUUUUGGACUUCUAUAAUUGUCGUGGCUCUUGCCUUCACUUGCGGUUCAAUAUCUUGCGAUACGCGUAACAAGCAAUGUGACAUAACACCUUACAUAAUCUGACUGAAACCUUCUUCUCAACUAUCAUGUCGGGACGACGUUUGGAAAAGAUGAUUUCCCAAAUCGAAGCACAUAGGGAUGCUGGUCAAGUAAAAGCUCGAGCCGCACUGGCGCAGUUCAACCACAUGUCAGUCACUCAAAUUUGUGACUCUUUCAUGGGAAUCAAGCUUCCAUCGUCCAUCAAGCCGAAAUCCCUUCAUUCACCGAUCCUAGAUCAACCAUCCAAUCGCGUCCUUAAUGCUCUCGCGGCUUUUGGAACUUCCUUCGUUAAAGGUCAAAUACCUGCAGAACACGCUCGAUCACUAUGGCCGAAGGUUUUUGCGUGGGCGGCUCUUUUCAUCCGAGACAUUGUGCUUGUUCAACUGAAUGACAACGACGCGUCCGUUCCUGCCGAUUUACCACCUGUUCAAAUGAAAGAAAAGGUCAUCUGGGUUCUCUGUUCCGUAUUCUGGGUUGGAACGUCGUCAAACAGUUUAUCUGAUCGCUCUACCUUGUACGAGUUAGCUUUCAAGUCGAUUCCCACCUUCGUUCCUUUAGCCUUGGAGCUCUGUGUUUACCUUGCGGCCACGGAUCACCUCGCUUCCUACGCCAUGUGGGAACAAGUCCGCCUCCUGUCCUCCAUGAAUUCUACCGGCGAAAAGCAGCUCGACGCAAGUUGCAAACAACUGCUACUGCCGGGUUCCCGUUACGACAUCGCAACGAUCUCCAUGCACACUCUAGACAACCGUCUCGAAAAGCCUUUCGACCCGUACACAGUGCGGGAAAGUCUUUCUCUCAUUCAACGCAUGCUAUCCGAGAGGAUCCAACAAGAAGUCGGUGGAGAUAAUCCGCAACAUCUCCGUUGGCAGGGCCUCAUCUGCAAGAUAAUUCGUAUUUUGUCCAGGUCUACUUCUUUUCUUUCGGAGGAGUGGAGGGCCACCCACCGAGAUGAGAUUAUGGCAAUCGUAGAGUGUAUGGGUUUAGGAACCAACUUGCUGCAACUUCUCCUGCACGCGGGCAAGGGACCUAGCUGGGCUUCAAAGGCACUGGAUGAGAAGCUACUCGUAGUGAUUGCUAAGCUUCCUGCGACGUUUUCAUCUGAGAAAGGUCGGCUUGGUUUGACGUUGGGCGAGUUUUAUUCCAUGUUGCUUUCAACUCUCCGACCUUUCACUCUCUAUCGACCUGUCCUUCGUCGCGUCUUCCGCAACUUAACUCUCAUAAACUCGUCCAGGAGUUUACAAUACCGCUCCGGUUCUGAGAAUUCGAUGUUGAACGCCAUUUUGGCUUUCGAACAAAAAGCGCGUUCGACAAAGCUUGAUAUGGAGAAUUUUGACAACUACAGGAUUAAAACUGGCAAGAUGUCGUGUUCGAACGCAAAUUGUACUUCCUUGUCAAAUGAGGCCAAGUUUCUGAAGCGGUGCUCUCAAUGCCAUGUCGCCAUGUACUGCUCCCGCGAAUGUCAAAAGGAGGACUGGAGCCAGAAACACCGUACCGAGUGCAGAAACUUUACGACUUUAAAGGAUGGUUACGGAUAUCAUGUAUCUCACCUAGACGAGCUCUUCGUCAGGAACCUCGUUAAUACUAUGAUACGAGACGACUAUCUCAACAACCCAGAAAAGUUUCAACCCGGGUCUUCGCGAGGAAAGGAUCUCGUCUCCUUCUAUAUGCUCGACGAAGACCCUCCAAGAUAUGGCAUCGAGAUCAUAGAGCACGCAGAGAAAUACAUCAAAAUGAUAUUGCCACCAGAGGGGUACGGUCAGUUUCUGAAACUGAACCAGAAACCAAGGAAUAAAACGGACAUCUUGGUGUUGGUGAUCCUUCCUGGCUCCUCGAGUCUGUUCUACAUACAUUCCUUGUUAUGA